AUGAAGCCGAGAACAAAGUGGUGGUGUGGAAUUGAUUGGGAAACAAACAUCACUUGGCAGGAAGUUGACCAGAUUGCAGUAAAACAAUUACGCGAGUUGAAAUCAAAGAGAACACUCAAUGUGAAAUUGAAUGGAGAAGAACAUCCAAAUGUUCCGUACGAUUUUCACGUGUGGACAAAAUCCGAAAAAGACGAAAACGGGAAAACCAAAAGAACACAGCCAUUGAUGAAACCUGUUUCAGUCUUCGGAGAACAAAUGCACACAAUUCACUGUGUUGAGCUGGAGAACGGCACAGUCAAAAAACAGUGUCUGCGCUUUCGAGAGUACGUCUAUGUCAACUACUUCAGCAUAAGCGACACUUACGAAGUGCCGGAGUGCAAUGAAGAUGUCUACAGACCACUCAAUAGCCAAGUCGCUGUCAAGAAAUUUCUGAAAGAAGAAGCUAUUCCACAUAGAACGUUAGAAGGAGUUCGUCAGGUGAUGGAAGAGCGCGGACAUCACAUUUCCACAAAACAGAUUCAAAACGCUGCACGAAGCGUUCGAGACGCGGUCGUCGGAAACACUGGCCCACAUCUUUCUACAACCGAAGACAUGUUGAAGGCGUUGCAAUCGCAAAACCCGGAUCGUGUCAAAUAUUGGAUCGAUGCAAAACAACAACUCCACUUCAACAUUUUCACGCUCUUCCCUGACGCUUUGAAACUAUUCGUUCACGGAUGUCCUACUGUAACCCAGCAUGAGAGAUGGCAAAGAAAAGUGGAGAGAUGGAGCUUGUUGGAUAAGCAGGAAAGGAAAAAGAAAAUCUCGGAAGUUCUCAAAAAACAUCCGGACGGAAUGAUUUUUGCUUCUCGAAUAAUGGUAGAUACAACGUUUCAAUUGGGUGAUUUCUACGUCACAUUUGUAAAUGGGGAAUGUCCACGAUUCAGAACAGCUCGAUCAUUGAAAGCAAGGAUGCUUCCGCUUGGAUUUUUUAUUCAUACUACAAAAGAGAGACCAAAUCAUAAGGAAUUCGCCGAGUUGUUGCGGUCCGAAUUGAAUCUCGUGCAAGUAGCUGGAGAACCCAGAAAAAUUCCAUGUGUUGUAAUUGACGGAGAAGCAGCACUGGGUGAAUACGCGAAGGCGGUAGAUUCACCAUGUGUACGCUGUGAUCGACACAUUUUGACACUUAUUUCGCACAAUUGUGGACAAAACGCCUCACGUGGCGCUCAAGCUUUGCUGUUUGGAAAGAAGGUCGGUGGAACGUUUCGAGCCGGGCUUCUGGGAUCAUUUUCAAUGGAAGAAUUUGAAGAAAAACUGAAAAAGUGUGAGAAACGCAUGGCGGCUCCGGUUUUUGAAUGGACAAAGGCGAAUUAA